AAUCAGUGGAUUGAAAAAUGAGACUAAAUAUUGCUAUCUUCUUUGGGGCUCUAUUUGGUGCUUUGGGAGUUUUACUUUUUUUGGUGGCUUUUGGAUCGGAUUAUUGGCUUCUUGCAACUGAAGUGGGGAUAUGUUCAGGAGAAAAGAAUAUAGAAAAUGUGACUUUCCACCAUGAAGGUUUCUUUUGGAGAUGUUGGUUUAAUGGAAUUGUAGAAGAGAAUGGCUCCAAUAUUUGGAAAUUCUGGUAUACCAAUCAGCCACCAUCCAAGAACUGCACACAUGCUUACCUGUCACCAUACCCUUUCGUGAGAGGCGAGCACAAUUCUACCUCCUAUGAUUCUGCAGUGAUUUAUCGUGGUUUCUGGGCAGUGCUGAUGCUCCUGGGGGUGGUUGCUGUUGUGACUGCAAGCUUUCUGAUCAUCUGCGCCGCACCCUUUGCCAGUCAUGUGCUUUAUAAAGCUGGAGGAGGCUCAUACAUCGCUGCAGGCAUCCUGUUCUCCCUGGUAGUGAUGCUCUACGUAAUCUGGGUUCAGGCAGUGGCAGACAUGGAAAGCUACAGAGACAUGAAGCUGAAAGACUGUGUGGAUUUCACCUCUUCUGUUUUGUAUGGCUGGUCAUUUUUUUUGGCCCCAGCUGGGAUAUUUUUUUCUUUGUUGGCUGGGUUACUGUUUUUAGUUAUUGGUCAGCAUAUUCAGGUACACCACUAG